AUGGAUAGAAAAAGGCUUAGGCAUACUAGAAACUGUAGUAAAAAUGUAAGAAAAUCUCUUCUUGACAAAAGAGUAACAAGUUUAUUCAAGAAAGCAGAAGAGUUUUCUAUUUUAUGUGGUAUCGAUGUUGCGAUUAUUAUUUUUAGCCCAGGAGAAAUCCAACCCAUUGUUUGGAAAUCUACAAAUCAGGCUAAGGAGAUAUUAAUGAGAUAUUCAAAUUUUCCUGUGUACGAUAGGCUUAAAAAGUUAAUGACACAUGAAGCUUAUCUUUCAACAAAAGUGGAUGAGAAAGAAGAAAAUAUUAAGAAAAUAGAAAAAAUGAAUGAGGAGAAGGAAAUGGAAAUCCUCUUCAAUCAACUUGUGGAGGGAAAGAGUAUCGCUGAACUUUCGACUAGGGAAAUUCAAGGUUUAUUAAAGUUUUCUUCUAAUCUGAUAGCGAAACUUCAUGAGAGAAAGGAAAAGGUCAAUCAACAAGGUCAGCCUUCUCAGCCUCAAAUUUGUCCCUCAAACUUCAAGAUCACAAACCAAAAUCAGUUACCAAAUGAGAUGGAAGAUUUGAUCAAUGACAUGUGGUUUGUUGAGACUAUGGCUGCUAAACACAAUUAUAUUUGUCCAGGGGAUGAAAAUAAUAGUGGAUAUGCACCAACAUAA